AUGGCAACGCAUAAAAGCCCCGAAGUAUAUAUUGGACAUGUUAAAGGGGUAUACAAUUCCAUUUAUAAGAAGACCCCCAAUGGUACCGUUUUCACAGAAAAUCAUCCAAAGAUUUGGCACAAAGGUUUCGGUUCAGAUGUCAAAAGAAAUAAAGAACCUUUUGAAAUCCAGAGUCAUAGAAAGAGCGGGCUGGCAGACGGGAUUCAUCUCCCCCAUGUUUCUCAUACCAAAGCCAAAUGGGACAGUCCGACAGAUUUUCAACUUACGACGGCUAAACGACUUUCUAGGUCAACAGAAAUUUCGAUUGAUAAACCAGUUAAAGGUCCCAAACUUUCUUCAAAGAAAAGACUUUCUAGUAAAACUAGACCUUUCUCAAGCUUAUUUUCAUAUUCCAAUAAAACAGAGUCACCGCAGGUAUCUUUGCCUGUCUUACAGAAAUCAGAUAUACAACAUGACAUGUCUCCCAUUCGGCCUAGCCAGUGCGCCAUUAGCCUUUGCCAGAAUAAGCGGUUGGUUAGCAGGGAUACUUCGUCAAAGAGGAAUACGCGUUUUAGCAUAUCUGGACGAUUUUCUGUUAGCCCAUCAGAACCCUCAUGUUCUUCAAGACCAACUGAAUUUUACAAUAAAUCUGUUUCGAAAGCUGGGCUGGAUAAUAAACCUGGAAAAGUCUGUUACGAACCCUACAAACGAGAUAGAGUUUCUCGGAAUCAUAUGGAAUACAAUGUUAAACGAAAUGUACUUGCCGGAAGAGGAAAAGAAUCGUAUUAUGAGGGACCUUCGAUGUAUAAUAGACACCGAGUCUUGGAAUUGGGUAAUAGGAACAUCCCUUCUAGGAAGGCUCAAUUUCGCAUCGAUGGCAAUCCCUUUAGGAAGAUUAUUCUCGCGUCAACUACAGAGGGCAAGCUUAAAACUACCAGAGGAGGACCCAAAGAAGAAACUUUCGAUUUCGCAACUGGCGCUACAGGAUUGUGUGUGGUGGCGGCAAAACAUUCACCUCACGAAACCUAUAUUCGAGGAGAGUCCGACGGUUCUUCUUACAACCGAUGCCUCAAACACGGGUUGGGGUUUCCAUCUGGACAACCAGAUAUAUGCAGGAACCUGGUCGCAGGAGCAAGGCAAGUCGGUAAUGCUGCAGUCCGACAACAAAACGGUAGUUGCCUACAUACGCAAACAAGGGGGAACUCGGUCUCAGAUCCUCCUGAAAUUGAUCAAGGAGCUAUUACUCAUGGCAAGUCAACAACGGAUUCAAAUAAUUCCCUUCUACCUACCAGGGCGCUACAACACCCUGGCGGACAGUCUGUCAAGAGGGCUACCCUUGCCGGACUGGCAUGUGUCAAGCGAUCUGACGAAGAUGAUCUUCAGGAGAUGGGGCACACCACAAGUAGACUUAUUUGCAACAAGCCUGUCCAAAGUAGUACCAAGGUAUGUAACAUUGAACCCCGACGACCUAGAAGCAUACUUCAUAAAUGCCUUCAGCAGGAAAUGGGACAUGGAAUUGGCGUGGGUUUUUCCUCCACCGCCUCUAAUACCGAAGGUUCUUCAACACCUGAACGAGGCAAAGGGUUUGUUUCUGGUAGUGGCCCCAAAGUGGGAGAAGACAUUCUGGAGAGGAGACUUAAAGAGCAGGAGCACAGCGGCUCCGAUCCAGCUGCGGAAUCUAGAAAAACACCUGAUAGACAUGUCAACGGGUCUCUCACCACCGAACGUCAAGGACCUCUGUUUAGAGGUUUGGAGAAUACGGGGUGGGGCAAACUAGUCGAAGGCUUAGUUCAAGAGGACGUUGACUUGCUUUAUUCAGCAUGGCGAGAUUCGACAUGGAAAACAUAUUCUUCGGCUUGGAAACAAUGGUAUCAAUGGUGUGAAACGCGGAAGAUAUCUCCUGGUAACCCUACGGCCCAACAGCUGGCAUCUUAUCUAGGUUUUUUAUUCCAUACAAAGAAGCAAGCUUUUAGAACCAUCCUUACGAAGAAAUCAGUGAUCAACACGAUUGCCAAUCCGAUAAGAGAAGAGGAGCUGGGAUCACACCCUUUAGUCAAGUCUAUGCUAAAAGCGAUAAGUGUUCAAGAGGCCGCAUCAGUAACUCGCAAAACCGGUAUUUGGAAUGUGGAGAUCCUCAUUCAAUGGUUAAAGGAUCAUCCACCCGAUGAAAAUAGCAUAUACCAAAUAUCUCGUCAUACGGCCACUUUGCUUCUGUUAGCAUCAGGGAGGAGAGUGCAUGACUUAACCCUUCUGGCCAUUAACUCAGAGAAUUGUACCAUUCAGGAAAACGUAAUAGUAUUUUGGCCCAAGUUUGGGUCAAAAACAGAUAGUGCACGUCAUAGGCAGUCAGGUUGGAAAUUGAGCAGCUCGGAUCAUUCUGAAAUUGACCUGAUAAAAUGGGUUAAAUUAUUGAUAAGCGUAUCCGCAAGUAGAAGGAGGGCUUUUCCCGAACUGGUGAGCUUAUUUAUUACGACUAGGGGAAAAGUAAAGGCAGCGUCAAGAACCGUAAUUGCAGGAUGGAUAAAAACUAUUUUUGCAAAAGUGGGAAUAGAUGCCAGCCCGGGAUCAGUAAGGUCAGCAGUAGCUUCGUAUAAUUAUGAAAAUGAGAUAGCUUUAGAUGCUUUACUACAAAGGAGUAAUUGGAAGGGCGCAGAAAAUUUCUUUAAACACUACUGUAAGUUUGUUGAAAAGCCUAUUAAACAGGCAAACAAUCCCUUGUUCGAGGUUUUUGAACCAAUCUAAAAUCCACGUUUGGGGACUUCUCAGUUUAUCUUGUUCAAGUGUGUUCUAUUGUCAUUAAUUUUAAGCAAAUCUAUGUUCCUACAUUAUUUGUGUGAUAGCAUUAUGAGUAUAAGAAAGAAAUUUUUUAUUUUAUCAAGAUAAGAUAACAAAGAGUUUAUAAUAAUAAAAGUUCUUGAGGGACCUGAUAGAUAUUUAAGAGUUCAUAUACCUAUGGAGACUGAAUGGGUGAUGAUAUGAAAUUGUUUCAAUAAAGAGUUUUAUUAAAUUCGUCAAUGAUUAGUUCUUGUAAUUUUAAUCACAGUACGCUGACAGAUGCCGGCAGAACCCAAACAUCUCUCCGAAAGGUCAAGCCGAAGGCACAGAGCUGAAAUAUGACCCGUUUUCUACCCCAAAGGGAGGAAAACGAGUAUUUCAGGUCUUGCCGAAGGCUUGACCUAAGUAAGGCCUUGCCGUCAUUCGGAGUGGGUACUGAGGAGCGUUCAACACGCGCUAGCCGGCACUGCAUCCCGAGUGGUGGGGCGAAACCACGCCCCGCACUCUACAUGGCUCUCACAAGCAGGCAACUUAAGGACAAUUAUACACUAUAAGGUGCGGUGGGUAAUCUCCGAAAGGUCAAGCCUUCGGCAAGACCUGAAA